CUCCGUUACUGGUUUAAACAUAAUCGACCCAACCGUGUUGAGACCGUCGAACCAGUAAUGACAUCAAAAUGAGCAGGUUUCCAUGUCCACGGUAGGGGCUUCGACGUCGCUGAAACAGUAUGUGCGGCAUGCCCAAAUCCUGGUGAUGUUUUGCUGUUCCUACUGAAAUUAAUUGAGUCUGAUGGUUAAUCGCUUCUCCUUGACAAAGAUGGUGUCCUCGUUCAAAAUACCAACACGCGUCUGCUCAAGAAAUGGUUUCUGUUAAGGCAAUCAAUCGGUGUGCCUCGAACUUUUAGGACAUGGUCGCACGCCCGGUUGUUGCUUCCAUAAUUUUUCUACUAAAAUUAUGAUUUUCGCUGCUGGAUAAUAUUGUUCCACAGCCUGUUAUUCCACAGCCUGUUAUGUUGAUCAUGGCUAAUGAGAAAGUAGGUCAUGGAAAUGGGAAUGAGAGAAAUGCAAGGAGGAACCUUCCUUCAUGGAUGGGCUCUAAAGAUAAGACCGAUCCUGCUCAGGAUGAGGUGACCAACAUUUCAUCAGUGAAAGGUGGUAAGUCAUCAUCUAAUGUUUCCAAGUUCAACAAGAAAUCUGCUGCACAAGGGGAAACUGCAACUAAGAUCGAUGCUUCAUGCUUUUCAAAACUUUUGAAAGGUGCAGUCUUUGUACUGUCUGGAUUUGUUAAUCCAGAACGCAGUAUGUUACGUUCCCAAGCACUGGAAAUGGGUGCUGAAUACAGACCUGACUGGGAUUCUACGUGUACACUGCUUGUUUGUGCAUUUCCGAAUACUCCAAAGUUCAGACAAGUGGCAAAUGAUUGUGGAACAAUUGUCUCAAAGGAUUGGGUUGUGGAUUGCUACAAUCAGAAGAAGCUUGUUGAGAUUGAUAGUUACCUGAUGAAUGCUGGAAAACCUUGGAGGAAAACUUAUUUAGAAAACUCAGCAUCUCAUGCUGCAUCUGAAACAGUGCAAAGGACACCUACAACAGAAGUUGCAGCUUCUCCCAUAUCUAAGGGUGAAACUUCUAGAAAGGAUUUCAUUGCUUCCUCAAAAGUGAAGGAAUUGGCUUUUGAAGAUCUGAAGGAUACUAUAUCAUGGCUGCAAAAUCAAGAAGAGACACCAGAGGCAAGUGAAGUAGAGAAGAUUGCGGCAGGUGGAAUUAUUGCUUGUCUUCAGGAUGUUAUAGAUGCUUUCAAGGAAAACCAGGAGGUUGAUCAUGUUGUUGGAGAUUGGAAAUUUGUUCCUCGAGUUGUACGGGAGCUACAAAAAUGCAAGGAGAAAGUUGGAACUGAUGCAGUGUUAAGGCAAGAGCUUUAUGAACAUGCUCUCACCUGUAAGCACAUAUACGAGAAGGAAUUUGAGAGGGUAGAGAAGAGCGAGCCUGCAAGAAAGAAGCUGAAGAAAGAUGUCCAGAUUGAUGGCAAUGAGGAUUAUGACUCAGAGAAAACAGAGAUUAUGACGGAUGAUGAAGGCUCCGAUAGUGAUGCAACAGUUGAAUUGAACGAAGAAGAGCUUAAGGUAGUCCAUGACAAAAUCCUUGCUAAGCACUCAAAAAACUUAUGAGGACUAAAGCUACGUGGAAAUGAAACCGUUUGAUGAUUUACAAUUGCAGAGGACAUCAUGGUAUAAAGAGGUCUUCCACCUCCCAAGCGUUUUGCUUCUUUCAGUUUAGACAAAUCCUUUUGUUUGGUUCUUUUCUCUCUUGUAAUCAUCUAUCUAUGCUUCUUAUGGGGCAUUUGACAGCCUUAUUUUUAAAGCAAAAUGUUCUCAAUCAUAAGGCAGGUGAGAUAUUUCUGUAAAAAUGCCGGAGCUUGGGAGCUCCUACUUCUUUGCUCUUGCAAGUUUGCCCAUUUAAUCUAAGAAUUGAAAUGGUACUGUACUGCUA